AUGGCUUCAGGUAUUACUUGGCACUCUGAGCUUUCAUACCAUCAUGGGAUUUUGAUAAUCAACUACGACUACGAGUAUUCCGAUGUCAAAUACCAUAUUUCCCAGUACGCCCCUAUUACCCGAGGCAUCGUAUUCAAUAUCUGCUUCCCCGAACCAGAUAACGACAAUUGCGGUCUCAUAAGAGUCGAGCGAGAUCUCUCUGAAAUAAUUGAAACUCUCAACGACGAGUUCGACUUGUAUAGAACUGAUGUUAUAUUCUGGCUACGCGAAUAUGAUAUUUCUCAGAUUUCUCUUGCUCUUGAAUUUCGUCUCCUUAGGGGGUGGACCAUGUUUGAGUACUAUGUGAGAGCAUGUCAUCAAGGCACAGUGGAGAUGGAUUCGGAUUGGUACGCGGAAUUGAUUGGUAGCCAUUGUUCUGACGAAAACUCGACUGGUAGCGAUAGCGACGAGGAGGUUUGUUAUACAAGGGAUACCGACUCGGAUUAG